AUGAUUGGUGAAAGACAGAUGUGUCAGUUUAUGUUUCAAAUGAAACCAGAGUUACUGUGGCGUGUGAUUACAAUGUUUCUUCAAAGCAUGAACUCCAUUCUGUUCCAUCUCUUGAUAUUGAUGACAAUGCAAAGCAUUGUUAUCGUCCUCUCCUCUUGUCCAACUGGCUGGGUAAAAUGGCGUCAGUCUUGCUACAUCUUACUACCUGAGAAGAUGAACUGGGUGCAAGCCGAGGCGAUAUGCAAGCGACCAGGGAGCAACCUCAUAGUGCCUGAGUCAAAAGAAGAAAACGACUUCAUCUUCGAGUGGGCAGUGAAAGGGAAGGGAGGUCUGUGGAUCGGCUGCACAGAUGCUGCUCAAGAAGGAGUUUGGCUGUGCGGAGGUCAGCCUGCAAGAUUCACAAAUUGGAAAAACGACAACCCAAGAAACGACAUGAACUUGAACUGUGCCCGAAUGACAGUUCAAGCACCUGGAGUUUGGUCUGAUAACAUAAGUUGCAAGAAUGGCAUCCAUAAAUUUGCUGCAUGUGAGAUGCCGGCCCCUACUGUGCCAAUCUACCACACCCUGCUAGGUCCCGAUGGGCGUGUCUAUCAAUACUGCCCCCUCAAUCACGUCAUCGACAACCUGGCCGUAGAGGGUGUGAUUGCUUGUGGCUGGGCGUGUACAUCAGAUCCUCAAUGCCGCUCCUUUAAUGUUUGGCAGAGAAGCGAGAAAGAGAAGAAAUCUCAGCUCAAUGACGUCACUCGUCUUGAGAAUGAUCAGACCGAUUCCCAUGACGUCGAGGGUUGUGUCUACUUUAACCUUUGA